ACUAAUAUUUCUUCAGCUGCUGCUGCAGAUUUACUUUCAGGUAACUACCAAAUACCAUCCAUUUCUCCCAUCUACUAAACACCUUUGCUCUUGUAUAUUCUCCAACUGCUAUGUGGUAGGAGACAUACCACAUAUACUGGAUUUAUUUAAAAAAGAAAAUUGAAUCGUUUUUGUAUUUAUGUUGAAUUCAUUCAGCCAUUGGCCGUACAAAUCAUGCUUUUCUGCGCGGUCGAGCUGGAGACGGUUCUUUAGUCAAAAUGUAGUCCCUGUUAAACCUUUAAGCCGAUCUUUCUUUUUGAAAAAGAAUUUUAGAUAUGAUUCUGUACCCUUUUCUCCUCCGAGCUCGCCUGAUCCUCAAGUUCUAAACUUUUUGCAGAAGCGUAUUCAAUCAGCUCCCCGUUUCCCCAAGCCAAGCGCUCUUCUAGAACUUGGAAAACCGAGACUAACCAUUUUGGUCGUUCUAACGACUAUGUCCUCUUAUGCCUUGGCUCCAUAUCCUGGUCUAUCAUUCGGUACUCUUGUAUGGUUAACCAUGGGUACUGCUCUUUGCAGUGUGAGUGCGAAUGCAUUUAACCAAUGUAUGGAGCCAACGCUUGACUGCCAGAUGGCACGUACCCGAGGACGCCCAAUUCCUCGUGGUGCCGUGCGUCCCGAAUAUGGUUGGUUGUUUGCUUCUACCACAGGGAUAUUGGGUACUUCGAUGUCUUUUCUAGUAAAUCCAACAGUGGGAUGGUUAGGUUUGGCUAAUAUAGUACUUUAUAUGGGAGUUUAUACACCUUUAAAGCGUAUUUCAAUCCUCAAUACAUGGGUCGGAUCAGUUGUGGGUGCAUUACCUCCAUUAAUGGGUUGGGCAGCUUGCUCUGGAGGUGAUCUCUCUCACGCUGGUGCGUUCUUCACAGCUGCUAUUCUUUUUGCUUGGCAAUUUCCACAUUUCAAUGCCUUUUCCACUAUGGUAGCUGAUGAUUAUAAACGGUGUGGCUACCAAAUGGCAUCAUGGAAGAGACCCGCAUUGAAUGCCCGAGUGGCUUUACGUUAUUCUUUGCUUUUUCUUCCAUUGAGUUACGGAUUCGUUUGGUCUGGAAUUGUUAAUCCUUCAUAUAUGGUUGGUGCUUCAGCUGCCAAUUUAUAUUUAAUUGCAAAAUCUUGGCAGUUUUACAGAAAUCCCCAUAAAACGAAUGCUCGAUCAUUAUUUUUUGCUAGUCUGUUACACCUGCCCUUAAUUUUCAUUCUAACUUUAGGAAGCCACAUGUAUAAAGUAUGGAAGGACUCUGAAAGGAUGGAGCCCGCCAACACAUCACCUGGUGAUUAAAUACCACUCGCUUUCAUCUAAGAUUAUAAAAGAAAGCUUUAAUGUUGUAUAUCUCCUCUUUGUUUUCAAUUAUACAGUAAUAAAAUUUUUUAGAUUGAGAAUACCGUUUAUCUCGUAAACU